CAGGCGGGGGCUGGGGGUGGGGGUGUUGGCGGGGGGACCGACAACGACAGAGUGGUGGGAGAAACACCCGAAAGGACAAACAAAGCACAACCGAGCGUGCCUGCGACCAUGAGCGGCGCGCACCGUUCGCCAGAGUAGCGGCGGCCGCCGCCUCUAUGCCCGCGGAGCAAGUCGUGAGGUGUGGCUCGGAAACGCUCCGGGAAACCUGUCAGCCGAAACGACUUGCCGAGGAGAAGGAGGAGGAGGAGGAGGAGUUGCGGUGGUGGUGGAAAAAAUGUCCGCCUCGGUGGGGCCCCAGGGUGGCCCUCGCCCACCCACCGUGCCGACAGCCAUGCCGGAUCUGCCGGACCUCAGCCAUCUCACCGAGGAGGAGAGGAAGAUCAUCAUGGCAGUGAUGGCUCGCCAGAAGGAGGAAGAGGAUAAAGAACAAGCCAUGCUAAAAACACUGCACCAGCAGUUUGAGAGCUACAAACAGGAGGUGCGUCGCAUCGGGGCGGACACGCGGCGCCAGCCGACCCAGCUGAAGGAUGACGCGCCCACCUGCGGCAUCUGCCGCAAGACCAAGUUUGCCGAUGGCUGCGGACACCUCUGCUCUUACUGCCAGACCAAAUUCUGCGCUCGCUGCGGCGGGCGGGUCUCCCUGCGCUCCAACAACGAGGACAAAGUGUGUGUCAUAGUGAAGGACAGGGUUAUGUGGGUAUGCAACCUGUGCCGUAAACAGCAGGAGAUUCUUACCAAAUCAGGAGAAUGGUUUUCGGAGUCAGGGGUGCGGCCUGGGAGCCUGGGCACCUCCAUGAACAACCCAGCCCGUGUAGGUGAGACCCAACGGGACAGGAAGCUGAUCCGCUCCAGGUCCCAAGCCCCGCCCUCCAGCACCAACAGCAACGCGGGGCAGCUCGACGGGACACAGCCGGCCGCAGGUGUCACCGCUGCCAAGGGUGCUGACACCAUGCCCGGCUCGCGCUCCCAAAGCGAACCGCCUAAAGAAAAGAAAAGGCCAGUUUCCCUCCAUGAACAAAAUGGAAAGGGAGGCAUGGGGCGCGGUAGCGGCCGGAGGCCGGCUGGGAAGUUGCCAUCUCAGUCGUCCCUGGAUGAGCGAGUGGUUCCUGGGGACAGAGGAGAAAGACGUUUGGGAGAUGGACGCAGGCUGGAAAAAAUCCAUUCUCAGGACUACGAGGACAGGGAGGGCAACUCGGGCCGCUCAGAAUCCCACCGGAGACGACCGGAGGAUGAGGAGCAGAGGGAGCGGCAGCGCCGCGAGGAGGAGUUCCAGAACCGUUACCGAAGCGAUCCCAACCUGGCACGAUACCCGGUGAAACCACAGAAGGAGGAGCAGGAGAUGCGCAUGCACGCUAAGGUGUCCAAGGUCCGCCACGAGCGACGACACAGUGAUCUGGCAAUCAACGAGGUGGGACUCGGGCCCGGUGAAGGUGGAGGUGGUGGAAGCGGAGGAGGGGAUGUGCCUGAAAACCGUCUGGCCAGAAGGGGUGGAGGUGGGGAGGGAAACCACAAGGCCCUCGUGGAGAACCACCACGCCUUCUCUGUGGAUAGGACCGCGGGGGUUGGAGGGGGAGCUCAACCUGCAGGAGGUGGAUUGAGAUCAGGACCUCCACCUGAGGGGCCGGUGCCUCCAGAUUGGGGGCCGAACAAAGGCCGCCCGGAGCCCGGGACGACGCGGACACCGAGGGACAAGGGUGGGGACAGCCUGCUGAGGAAGGACUCUCAGAGCUCGGACCAGUCGGAGUCUCUGCGGCCGCCCCCUCCACGGUCAUACAAGAGCAAACGCGGAGUCAACAAGAGGCAGAUGUCCAUCAGCAGCUCAGAGGAGGAAGGCGGCUCCACGCCCGAGUACACCAGCUGUGAGGACGUGGACAUGGAAAGCGUCAGCGAGAAAGGUGACUGGGACUGUCAUUCUUUAGAUCCUACAGUUUGGCAUCAUCCGGUCACAUGGCAGCCGUCCAAAGAGGGUGACCACCUGAUCGGACGCAUCACACUCAGUAAGAGGUCAGCAAUGCCCCGCGAGGCCGGCUCCCUCCUCGGCCUAAAAGUGGUCGGAGGGAAGAUGACAGAAACAGGGAGACUCGGGGCCUUCAUCACCAAAGUCAAGAAAGGCAGCCUUGCAGAUGUUGUGGGACACCUUCGAGCAGGUGACGAGGUGCUGCAGUGGAAUGGAAAGUCGUUGCCGGGAGCAACUAAGAAAGAAGUAUACAACAUUAUCCUUGAAUCCAAGGCUGAAUCUCAAGUGGAAAUAGUAGUUUCAAGACCUAUUGGAGACAUCCCAAGAAUCCCAGAGUCAUCUCACCCUCCUCUAGAAUCUACAGGAUCCAGUUCCUUCGAGUCCCAGAAGAUGGAGCGACCCUCUAUAUCAGUGAUGUCUCCCACCAGCCCAGGGACCCUGCGAGACCUUCCUCUGGUACUGCCUGGACAGCUCUCUGUGAAGCUGUGGUACGACAAAGUGGGCCAUCAGUUGAUCGUCAACGUCCUUCAAGCCAUAGAUCUGCCACCCCGACCAGACGGACGGCCUCGUAACCCCUACGUCAAGAUGUACUUCCUGCCUGAUAGGAGUGACAAGAGUAAACGGCGGACGAAAACAGUGAAGAAGAGCGUUGAACCCAAGUGGAACCAGACCUUCCUAUACUCCCACGUCCACCGGCGGGACUUCAGAGAACGCAUGCUAGAGAUCACAGUCUGGGACCAGCCCAGAGUCCAGGAGGAGGAGAGUGAAUUCCUGGGAGAGAUCCUGAUAGAGCUGGAAACGGCCCUGCUGGAUGACAUUCCUCAUUGGUAUAAACUCCAAGCGCAUGACAUGUCCUCCAUACCUCUGCCCCAGCCCUCCCCGUACCUCCCACGCAGGCACGUCCACGGAGACAGCCCCAGCAAGAAACUACAGAGGUCUCAUCGCAUCAUUGAUACAGAGUUUGAUGAUGGUUUGAUGGUAGUAACUAAAGGUGCAGAGCGUAACUCCAGGGAGAGAGAGCGGGGCAGCACGUUGGCUGUGCCCGAGCAGCAGCGGCCCGUCCAGCACCGCUCCCGGUCAGUGUCUCCCCACAGAGAGGACUCCUGCAGGGCUCGGUCCCGGCCCGCACACGUGCCCAUGCAAAGGAGCCUGGAUGAGAUCCACCAGAAUAGCCACCAUUCCCACUCAAACCCCCGCUACCACGACUCCCGUUUGGAGCACCAACGCUCGGGUGACUCGGACUACGAGUACUCAGAGGACAGUGAGGUCCUGGAGAUGCACAGGUCUAUCCGUGGCGGGAGUGCCGAGUGCCUGCACACAAACAGGGGCAUAGGUAGAUACAGCAACACCCUACCCCCCAAAAUGCCCCUGUUAGUAAACGGUAUCCAUAAAGACAUUUACAGCUCCACCCUCCCAGCAUGCCUAAAGAGAAAGCCCCCGCUCAGGCAGGAAGGUGGCAGCACCAUGCCUCGUAGCAUCCUCACACACCGUGUGCUCAGGUUCACUGAUGAGGUCACGGUUAGCGACCUGCAGCCGCCGUUGGACAGAGUGAGGAGUGCCAGCACCACUUGUCUGAGACCAGACACCAACUUUCAAUCCCCUGACAGAGACAGGUGCUCCAACUCUUUGCCCCUCAAGACUCCCCCAAGCCCCAGGAUCUUAGUAGAACAUGUGGCCCCUGAGGAAGACAGGCAGUGUAGCAAUUCAUCAAGUCCAAACUGUCACAGGGCCAGCAAAAGAAGCCUGGAGGGGGACAGUCGAAUCCAGCCCACCUCUAUCCUGAGGGGCAGUAGGGGGAGAGGGGGCCCGCUGAGGCCCUUUGGCCAGACAGUCUUGGCCGGGUCCUGCCCAAACUCGCCACGACUAGAAAGAGCGCACCCUCACGGCAGCCCCUCUUCUCCAUCGGGGACGCCCUCAUCAGGUCGCAGGGGUAGGCAGCUGCCUCAGCUCCCUGCUAAAAGCAGCAGUAUAGAGCAAGCCCUCGCAGUAGAAGAGCGAGCCAGACAACUGCAGAUGAAAGUACAUUCCUACCGGCCUUCAGCUUCCCACGACCCUGAGACGGACCUCAAGACCAAACGGGAGAUGUACGCAGAGCAGAGGCGUAGCAGCGACAACAUGUCGGCCAGGUCGUCCGACAGCGAUAUGAGCGAUGCGUCGGCCCUCUCCCGUGCCAGCAGUGCCUCCCGUCUCAGCAGCACCAGCUACAUGUCUAUCCAAUCAGAACGACCCGGAGGACGACUCAGUCGGCAGAUGCGCUCGUCGGCCGGCCGCAGCAUGCUGAAGAGCUCCAGCGUGAGCGGAGAGAUCUACACCCAGGAGCGCACGGACGGCAGCCAAUCCGACACGGCGCUGGGCACGGUGGGCGGCGGCAGCAAGAAGAGGCGCUCCAGCCUCAGCGCGCGAGUGGUGGCCAUCGUUGGCAACCGGCGCAGUCGCAGCACCUCACAGAUCAGUGGCCCCGAGGGGAAGAGCAAGAAGGAGAAAGGUGCACCCAUCCAAAGGAGCACGGAGACGGGCAUGGCAGUAGAGCUGACCCGCAACAUGAGCCGCCAGCCCAGCAGAGAGUCCAACAACGGCAGCAUGAACAGCUGCAACUCUGAGGGGAAUUUGAUCUUCUCUGGAGUCAAUGUGGGGGCCAGCAGUCAGUUCAGUGAUUUCCUGGAUGGUUUGGGACCGGCUCAAUUAGUGGGAAGACAAACGCUGGCUACUCCUGCAAUAGGUGACAUCCAGAUUGGCAUGAUGGAGAAAAAGGGUCAACUGGAGGUCGAAGUUAUCCGGGCUCGAGGACUCGUACAGAAGCCAGGAUCCAAAUCCCUCCCUGCUCCAUAUGUCAAGGUGUAUCUGCUAAAUAAUGGAGCGUACGAAGCCAAAAAGAAAACCAAGAUUGCACGGAAAACCCUUGACCCACUGUACCAACAAGCCCUGCUUUUCGAGGAAAGCCCCCAGGGUAAAGUCUUACAGGUGAUUGUAUGGGGCGAUUACGGCCGCAUGGACCAUAAAAGCUUCAUGGGAGUUGCACAAAUUCUAUUGGAGGAGCUGGACUUAUCAAGCACAGUCAUUGGCUGGUACAAGUUGUUCCCCCCGUCAUCCUUGGUGGAUCCGACACUCGCCUCCCUAACGCGGCGGGCUUCCCAGUCCUCCCUCGAUAGCUCCUCUGGACCUCCUGGAGUCCGGUCAUAGUGGACCAACACCUCUACACCCCCCCCCCCUCCCCCCCACCCCUCCGACAAGUAACAAACUCAGAGACAAGACUAACAAAAACAAAAAGGUGGCGGAAAUGUAGAACAACAAGAACAAUCAGAAGCAUCCCAACCAGAAAGCUUUGUUGAGAUCUGACAAUCACUCCUGUCGUGGUUAUUUUUGUUGUAGGGAGCACCACAUUUCAGUGUGUCACAUUCAUCGGGAAAAUGUCAGCAUUUUUCUCCGUGUAUGCUGGAGAAGCUGGGCUGUCGACAGACAGCAAGGAGUAGCUCCCCGGGACGAGGGGGGGGCGGGGGGGGCGGGGAGAGAAGACAAGGAAUCAAAUAAAGCAGGGUGAUUUUUAACUGAAUCAACAAAUAGCAAAGAAAUGUAUGUUAAGCAUCGGAAUGUAUGGACUGGAGACAGAGGUGAUCACCCUCCCACGCAGUCUUCAUCUGCAGUGGCCUCCUCCAGAACCCCAACAGACUGCCGGCGCCCCCGCCCUCCCUGGCAGGGCGCUUACGUGUUGGUAUUCAGUCUGGAAGCACAGGGCCUUCUUCUGGUGCCUAGACCAUGGAGCAGCAUCACUGGUCCCUCUCUCUGUUAAAAAUCCCCCUUUUCAGUAUCUUUACCAUUUGACCGUUUUAGCGUGUUUGCUUUCUUGCCUAUUUCUUUUCCCCCCUUGUUACUACCGGCACAAAAUGUUUUAUAGUACGUAAAAUGCUCAUGAUAAUGUUGUCAGUCUGGUGUGUGCAUGGAGAGAAAAAAAAAACGAAACACAAUAGAUUAAAAAAAAAAAACACACGAUUAAAUGUCUGCAAGUGUUAUGCAGCGGGGAGAUGAUGACAGCUUAGAUUUUUACAUUUGACAGUGAGAUUAGCGUGCAACGUUGUUUUCCUUGUUUCACCACUGGCAAACGUCCAUGCCAGUUGUCUUUGUAUAGAUGUAUAUUAAGCCUCCCAGGAGGUUGACCAAUAAAUACAAUUUAUGUCACUUUGAAAUAUCACAAUUGUUCAACAUCACUGUAAAAAAAUACAAAAAAAGUCAAACGCAAGAGCGAGGGCCCCCUAAUAUUUCACAUUUUUUGGGGGAAUGCAUUCCCUCACCCCAGCACGUUUUUAUCAGAACCUUAGUUUGCAUUAGUUUGAAAUUUGAAGAAAAGCACAAGAGCUUGAUUUUUUACAACAAAAAGUUUGAACUUUUUGAGAAAAAACAAACAAGAAAAACAUGUUGUUAAAAAAAGAGGGUAAAAAGGCAACAAUCCUUUCACCGGUUCCAUUAAUUUCCUUGUCAAGUCGUUUGGAAAACAGACAAACAAACUGAAAAAUAAGAAUCACACACACACACACGGUGUUGCUCGUGCAUAUCUGUGAACGUGAAAGCCACCAAUCAGACCGAGCAGUGGUGACAGCGUCGCCACUGCCCGACCUGUGUUCGGCCCGCGGACUCCUCCCAGCAGGAGCGCGGCGGGGCCAGCAUGACUUUGGAACCUGUUCAGAGCUGCAUGCACAUUUUUGUAAAAAAAAAAAAAAAAAAAAAAAAAAAAAAGAUGCUGAACUAGAUACGUGUGUUAGUUCCACAUACUGUAGGGCCGCUUGUAUGUUGCAUGCAGUUGUACAGUUUGCUCGUACUUGAAUAUUAAAGACAUAAAACCAAGAAACCGAAGCCAUUCCCAUUACACGGAGACAUUUUAACACAACUGCAGUCGUGUCCUCAUCCCUCGGUCCGGUGCUGAAUGUCUCUAAAACUAAAUCCCAAGAUUACGUUGAUGUCUUUCCUCGACCCUCUGAUAGAUGCACAGGACUGUACAGAAGAGCUCGAGUGGACCUCGAAGCCCUUCAUACUGUUAUUCCACAUUAGAGGAGACCUCCAUGGGGCUGAGAUGAUGUAUAAAUAAAUAUCUACAAAUCAGAUCUACUUAUAUGGAAAUAUGAAUUAUGUUUCAACAUAAUGAUUUCAGAUACACCAACACCUGAACUGUUAAGAUAUAUAUAUAUAUAUAUAUAUAUAAAGAAUAUUGCAGAUACACAGAGAGUCACACACUGUAAAUACUCAACCACCAUUCCCCGGGAUUUCAUUGGGUUCAGUAAUAAUUGCAAUGGGUCCAAGUCAUAUGAGGAGGAGCGAUUAAUACGUCACUAGGGACCAUGCAGUGGGAUGAAACUAGGCGAUGGACUACUAAGUGUACCAUUAGUCUAAAAGUCAUCGUCUGAACACUUUGUGGUUCAAACACAAUGUCUGAACCCCCCCGGCCAUGUUCAGAUGAGUCGACCUUUCUUUUCACCGUCCGGUGAGGCUGUUUUUUCUUUUCUUUUCUUUUUUGUCAGUAUUAACAGGAAAAAAAAAUUGCUGAUUGUUUACAACUUCUGUGUUCCAAUGAAACAAAAAGAGAAUUAGAAAAAAAGUAAAGCAUUCACUGCAACAUUACUUGUUUGUAUAACAGAUGUGGCUCAAAUGAUGUGUAUGUUUUAUAUUUUAAAAAAAGGUUAAUUUUUAUUAUUUACAAAUAAAAAGAAUGUGUGAAAGAA